GCUGCAGCCGGGAGAGGGCCGAGGAGUGACUGAGCCCAGGGCUGCGCAGUUCGACGCCGACUGAGGCACGAGCGGGUGACGCUGGGCCUGCAGCGCGGAGCAGAAAGCAGAACCAGCAGAGCCCUCCCUGCUGCUGUGUGGACGACACGUGGGCACAGGCAGAAGUGGGCCCUGUGACCAGCUACACUGGUUUCGUGGAAGGAAGCUCCAGGACUGGCAGGAUGGGCUCAGCCUGUAUCAAAGUCACCAAAUACUUUCUCUUCCUCUUCAACUUGAUCUUCUUUAUCCUGGGCGCAGUGAUCCUGGGCUUCGGAGUGUGGAUCCUGGCCGACAAGAGCAGUUUCAUCUCUGUCCUGCAAACCUCUUCCAGCUCGCUCAGGAUGGGAGCCUACGUCUUCAUCGGCGUGGGGGCAGUCACCAUGCUCAUGGGCUUCCUGGGCUGCAUCGGUGCCGUCAACGAGGUCCGCUGCCUGCUGGGGCUGUACUUUGCUUUCCUGCUCCUGAUCCUCAUUGCCCAGGUUACGGCCGGGACCCUCUUCUACUUCAACAUGGGCAAGCUGAAGCAGGAGAUGGGCGGCAUCGUGAUCGAGCUCAUUCGAGACUACAACAGCAGUCGCGAGGACAGCCUGCAGGAUGCCUGGGACUACGUGCAGGCUCAGGUGAAGUGCUGCGGCUGGGUCAGCUUCUACAACUGGACGGACAACGCUGAGCUCAUGAACCGCCCUGAGGUCACCUACCCCUGUUCCUGCGAAGACAAGGGGGAAGAGGACAACAGCCUUUCCAUGAGGAAGGGCUUCUGCGAGACCCCCAGUAACAGGACCCAGAGUGGCAACCACCCUGAGGACUGGCCUGUGUACCACGAGGGCUGCAUGGAGAAGGUGCAGGCGUGGCUGCAGGAGAACCUGGGCAUCAUCCUCGGCGUGGGCGUGGGUGUGGCCGUCAUCGAGCUCCUGGGGAUGCUCCUGUCCAUCUGCUUGUGCCGGCACGUCCAUUCCGAAGACUACAGCAAGGUCCCCAAGUACUGAGGCAGCUGCUAUCCCCAUCUCCCUUCCUGGCCCCUGACCUCAGGGCUCCCAGGGGUCUCCCUGGCUCCCUCCUCCAGGCCUGCCUCCCACUUCACUGCGAAGACCCUCUUGCCCACCCUGACUGAAAGUAGGGGGCUUUCUGGGGCCUAGCGAUCUCUCCUGGCCUAUCCGCUGCCAGCCUUGAGCCCUGGCUGUUCUGUGGCUCCUCUGCUCACCGCCCAUCAGGGUUCUCUUAGCAACUCAGAGAAAAAUGCUCCCCGCAGCGCCCCUGGAGCAGGUGGGCUGGACUUCUGCCUGCCCUCAAGGGUGUGUAUAUUGUAUAGGGGCAACUGUAUUAAAAAUUGGGGAGGAGGGGGCCGGGCGCGGUGGCUCACACCUGUAAUCCCAGCACUUUGGGAGGCCGAGGCGGGUGGAUCACGAGGUCAGGAGAUCGAGACCAUCCUGACUAACACGGUGAAACCCCGUCUCUACUAAAAAUACAAAAAAAUUUAGCCAGGCGCGGUGGCAGGCACCUGUAGUCCCAGCUACUUGGGAGGCUGAGGCAGGAGAAUGGUGUGAACCCGGGAGCGGAGGUUGCAGUGAGCUGAGAUCGCACCACUGCACUCCAGCCUGGGGGACAGAGCGAGACUCCAUCUCAAAAGAAUAAAAAAUUAAAAAUAAAAUUGGGGAGGGGAGGGCGUUAGAUAAGGCACUCUGGGCUGUCAGGAGACUGCCUACUGGGUGGGUCAACUUAUUUCCCACUAUGACAUUUAUAUCUUUGUUUUUUCACCAUUAUAUUGAAGGCAGUGGGAGAGGGUGGGUUUUACGUGACAUUAAGGGAUGGCACCCCUUCCCCAGGCCUGAGGCAGGUCCAUCUAGACAGCUCAGAUUAGCCUGGGCCAUGCCCUAGGGACAGGGCCUAGGGGACAUGGGCUGGAGGGGGUCUGCCUGGGUAAGGGGAUCUGGCUUGGCCCUGAGCUGCUUAGGGACAUGUGAGUCCUUGGGGGCAUGGCACAGAGCUCGUCCUGUAUUCUCCAGGGUCCGGAGCUGGCCAGGGGUAGGGAGGAGGAGGAUGGCUUCUCCUGGGAGAAGGUGGGCUGGCUUUUCUUGGCAAGCUGUCCUCUGGCCCUUGGGGAGUGGGGUGGGUGAGGCUGUGCCUUGUAGGGGGGAGAGGGGAGGGGGCUCUGUGUGCACCAUUCUGUAAAACACACUCAAGAUUCUAAGACUAUUAAAGAGGAUUUGUAACAGUCUA